GCUCGUGCCGCCGUCCCGAGGGCUGCGCAUGUGGGACUGGCUGCUGCAGAGGGGCCCCGAGUAUUUGGCCCAGGGCGUCGUGAACUACGCGGCGCGCUGCCCUGCCAUCCCCGCCUGCCCGCAGGCGACGUGUCCGUCCUGCCCAGGGCUGACCUGCGGGGACUGUGUGGUGCCGGCGUGCCCGGCGUGCCCAGCUUGCCGACCGAUCACGGUGCCGGCAGGGGCUGCCGCCUUCGCCGAGGCGGCUGGUGCUCGCGAGGAGGCCGCGAGCUGCGCUGAGCCUGGGCUGGGCUACCUCGCGUACCUGAUCUUCCUCCUCGGCGUCGUGGUGGGCGGCGUCCUGGCGACUGGAGGGCUUGCCGUGGGCGGGCUGUUGCGCCGGCUGUGCUGCAGGCCCGUGAAGGACGCGGUCAGCCAGCCGCUCUGGCACCAGCGCCGGGUGCACGGGGUGGUGGCGCACUCGGGUGGUAAGACCUACGUGGCCGCCACCGCCGACGCACACGUCUACCCAGAGGAUUGGUCGCCGACCUCACAGGACGUGCUGGCGGUGCGCUGGUGCAGCGAGUAUCGAGAGCUGCCAGCGGGUGUGCCCAGGGAUCGGGUGUACCGCUUCCGACGGGAGCCGACGGCCGCGCGGGACGCCGCCUUCCGGCAGGCGGCCGAGGACGAGGCUGAGGCCGAGGGUCGGCGUCUGCUGGCAGCGGCGGGCGGCGCGGCGCCGCCGGCGGGCUUCGUGUGGCUGUUGCCGAUCGACGCCGCGGGCCAGCUUGCGGGCGGUGCCGGCGGAGCGGGGGCCAUCGUGCCUGCAGGCGCCGGCGCUCCGGGCGCACCUCCUGUGCCGGGAGUGGCCGUGCCUGCAGCCGCAGCCGGCGCCGCCGGUGCCCUCGCAGCGGCGGCCGCGCCCCCGCCCCUGCUGGUGGGGCCCUUGCAGGGCGUCGCGCCGGCAGCCCCCGCCGCAGGCGUCGGCACAGCGUGGAGGGCUGCUGAGAGCGGGGGCGGCUUCCGAUUCGGAGACCCUGUCCCAGGCCACGUGCGGAGCGCCCAGGCGAUCGGCUCGAAGGGUUUCCAUCUCUUGCCGGACGGGACCGCCCUGUUCGUCGAAGAGGUGACCGCAGCGACUGAGGUCGCUUUCCUCGACAAGGGGGUGUUCGGCGACGCUCGCAUCAUGGCGGUGCGACGCAACCGCCAGGGGCGGCGCGAGCGCACGUGGGCGGAGAUGGUCGCGGCCGUGGUGCAGGAGGAGUUCAGCAACGACUGGGACUUGCCCGGGCCAAGGUCCGUGCUGUGGUGCCUGGAGUUCAUCAACCACGAGGGGCUCGGUCUCGACGGGCAUCACGAGAGGUUCCGCAUUCUUUGUAAGUUUGAGUUUUCGAGUUGGGGCGUGCCCGAGCAUUACAAUAUCACGCAGGCCUUGAAGUUCGGCCUCCUUCACGACCAGAUGGACGGCACCAAUCUGAUGAUGGUGGAGUCCAUGUUUCGCCGACUUCAAACGAUCGAGUUCGCGCACUCCGAGCGGGCUCGCGAGCAGGAGGCCAAGGGCUACGGAGGGAAGCUCAGCCUCGAGGAGCAGAUGGCCUUUGCGGGCACGGCCCGCGCAGGUGGCUCCCUGAUGAUCUGCCCUCUUAUUCUGGAUUACGUGCGGGGCGAGGUCGAGCGCGAUGCCUCGCUUGCCAAGAAUUUGCGCAAGGCCCGAGAGGAGCGAGAGGCUGCCCGGGCCAAGGAUAAGACCAAGAAGGAUGCCGGGGCAUGGCGGGACCCUCGGCUCCGCGUGGCCCGCCUGAUGCAGGCGUGCCCGUGCUAUCCCGACCUUCGAGCCGGCGUGCUGGAUCGUGCCCGACGCGCCGCGCGCGACCUUGGCCCUCCACCUGUGGGGGCCUCCCCCGCUGAAGCUCUCAGGAAGCUUCGCGUGGCGAGCUGGUACGACGUGGACAGUACUACGCUCGGUCGCUACUCUCUCGCCGACGUCUCACUGCCUUCAGGCGACGUCAGGCCUGUGCCUGUGUCUGAGCUUUGGGGCGACGGCGGGUGCCAAAUGGUAGAGGACUUCUGCCGCUUGAAUGUCGCUCCGCCGGAACAGUCGCGAGCCCGACUCCGCUCGUCAGGUGUGGUCACUCCCUACUCCGAUCCCAAGCUCAGACACCCUCGAGCCUUUGAGGAAUUCAUGUCGGCGUUGGCCGCACGCGGAAUGCUUGAUUUCUCGCUCGAGGAUGGCGAGCGACUGGGAGCCGACGAAGAUAUCUUCGUUGGUGGUGCGGAUUUGAGUGAUGCGUUUUACCACAUGGGGCUCCCCAGCCCCCUUGGAAAGUAUUUCACUUUUCGGCCCGCGCGGGCUGCGUCUGUAGGGUGCGCGGAGAUUGGGGGUCGAGCUGUGGCUGCACAUGAGAAGGUAUACCCUAGGCUCGCUGUCAUUCCCAUGGGAUGGUCUUGGGCUUUAUGGAUGUGCCAAAAGAUACACGAGAGGAUAGUCGAGGCAGCUGGCUCGGACCCCAAGUUUAGGAUCACCGACAAGACGUGCGCUCCAGACCUCAGCCAGCCGUGCCACACGCAGUAUGUGGACAACUACAUUGCGAUCUCGACCAACCGGGACAACGUGAAAAAUUCGGUGUCGUCUGCCAUCACCGCUCUGGAAUGUCGGGGACUCGUCGUUCAUGAGGGGGAUCAUGGUGGGGAGGAGGGUACUACUGCCAAGUUGCUGGGUUGGGUCAUCGAUCGUGGGAGUGGGCGACUCGUUGCUUCCCCGGAUCGUCUGUGGCGCGCUCGGCUUGCUAUUCGUGCUCUUCUCGCUCGCGGUCGGGCCAAAGGUCGAGAUGUUGAAAAGCUUCUCGGGCACCUGGUUUUCAUCUCCUUGGUUCGGCGGGAGGGCCUCAGUUUGUUCUGGAGUUGUUAUGGAUUUAUUCACAAGCAUUACGACAGCGACGUUGCCUUGUGGGCCUCUGUUCGGCGUGAGCUCAGCAUCUGGGACUCUAUCUCUCCACUCCUUUAUCGCGAUCUUCGGGCCGCUUGGGGGGGCGAGGUUGUCGCAGUUGAUGCCAGCGAGUGGGGCCUCGGGGCCUGCUCGAGCCGCUGCGGAUCCUCGCUCUGUUCCCAGGUCGGCCGCACAUCCGAGAGGUGGCGCUGGGGUCGCGGGGGCGCUUUCGGGGGUCCUCGUCGCCACGCUGGGCGCUGGGCUCGGGAUGCUGCCGCGGCGGCGGCCCUUGAAGGGUCCGCCGAGGAGGCCGCCCCUUGGAUGUGCGGCCCCGACGACACCCAGGAACCUGCUCGCAGUGAUCUUGAUGCUGGGGCCCCCGGGGACAUCUACGGGUUUGGGCGUCUACCCCGAGCCGAUGAUUUUCCUGAAGUUCCCAGGGAAAUGAUUGAGCAGGAUUGGAGGGUGGUGGGCCGUUUCGAGUGGCGGAAGAAGUGCGAGAGCAUCCCGGUCCUGGAGGCCCGCGCUACCCUGUACGGCUACAGGCAUCUUCUGCGUAGUCGUCGGAAUCAUGGUAAACGUCUCGUUGUUUUGGGAGAUUCGAUGAGUGUGGCGGGGGCGGUGUCUAAGAGCCGCAGUGGGAGCCGUGCGAUGCUGUACGUGACGCAGAGCAUCGCCGCCCUCUCCCUGGCGACAGGCUCCUCUCUCCACUACCGCUGGCCCCCCUCCGAGUGGAACUCAGCCGACGUGCCCGCCAGCGCGGGGGCGCUGGUGCAGGUGCUGCCGACGGGACUACUGGCUCGCGGACCCCAGGCGGAUGUGGCCGCCCCGCUGGCGCUGGGCGGGCCGCCGCGCAUGCCGUCGGCGCCGACCUCGAGCCGGCCUACGUCGCCAGCAUGUCUCCGAGCGCCGGCGGUGCGCCAGCAGCGUCUCGUGCGACGGCGGCCGGCCGCCUCGGCAGCCCCCCCGGGCUCGGUUGGGCCCAGGCGCCGCAAGGUGAGCCAGCGAGCCUCGCGGGCUGCGGCUCGGCGGUCCACAGCAGCGCGGCUGCCGGGCAUGACGGUGCUGGAGGCGGCGCCCAUCAAGCCGAGGACGCGGGACCGCUACCAGGAGAUCUUCGCCGACUUCCUGGUGUGGGCAAACGGCCGUCGGCUGACGACCGAGGACCUUGUGGACCAGGCGAUCGCGGAGUGGCUGGACGACCUCUACCUGGGCGGCGAGGACCUGAGCGCAGGGUCCUGGGCGUAUGCGGCGGUGACUUUCUUCGCCGGCCUGAACAAGGCGUCGGGCGCGCUGAUGCCUCGGUCGCGCCGCGCCCUCCAGGGCUUUCGCAAGCUCGCACCACCCCGAUCUCGAUUGCCGAUGCCCUACAUGGUAGUGGCGAUGGUGGUGAUGGAGCUCCUGGGCCGACAGCGCUACCAGAGUGCGCUGGCCGUCCUUCUCAUCUUCGAGCUGUACCUGAGGCCCGGAGAGGCUUUCCACAUCAGGGCGGUGGACCUCGUCCCGCCCGUGGCGAGGGUCAGCGGAGCGUCCCACUGGUGCGUGACUCUCCAUGCCGCCGAGACCGAGAGGGAGUCCAAGACCGGCGAGUUCGACGAGAGCCUAUCUCUGGAUCUCAGCCGGCAGUCCUUCAUCGGGCCCGCGCUCGACCUGAUGCUGAAGCACCAGCUGGGCGCGGACUGGCGGCGCGCAGAGCAGAGGCACGUCGGCCCCGGCCUGCACCUGGCGGCGCCGCUGUUCACCGUGACGCUCGACGAGGACGUGCGCCGACGCGGGCGCUGGCGUUCGUGGUCCUCGGUCCGACGCUACGAGAAGGGGAGCAGGUUGGGUCAAGUCGUUCACAAGCUCGGGCCGGUGCUCCAGGCCCACGGCAAACUCUGCGUCGAGCUGCUGAGCGAGCGUGUCUUCGUCGAAGUCUUCUCGGGCAGCGGCCACCUCUCGGAAGCGAUCUCGAGGGUAGGUGUCACCGCCCUGCUGUGGGACAUUAGCCUCGGCGAGUCGUACGACCUUAGGUGCAAGCGCAAUCGCCUCCUUCUCCUCGGGUGGGUGAGGGCCGGGCUGGUGGCCGGCGCCCAUGGCAUCGCUGUCGUCACCACCGAUUUUUGUCAAUGGGGGGUGCCCUGGAAGAAGAGUGCCACCUUCUUGUGCUACGAUCUUGACCUGGCCGAGCUUGAGGCGGCCAGAUGUGUUGGGAGUAAGAGAGGCAUUUGCAAGCGUACCGGUCUUCCCCAUCAGCAGCUCCAAGGCAAAGAUCAGACCGGCAAUUUCUACACCAAGCUUGCUGAACCCUACCCUAAGAAGUUGUGUAAAGCUAUCGCGGACGCUUAUUACAAUACUUGGGCCAAAUGUAUCGGGGAGUCCUUUGGGCGCUUUAUGCAGUAA